AUGUCUGUGAAGGAAAUAACUAAAAGCUCAGCGUUCACUAUCCCUACAACGACUAUAUGCUAUCCGCACCAAAGAACAGAGGAAGCAGGCUCAGAUGUUUUGCGGCCUCCAGCUAAAUUGUCACUGUUGUCGCCUGUCUUGGGGCAAACUCGACGACGAAGAGCAGCUACGAGCGCCAAGCAAAAGGAACCGGCCGUGGUAGCAAGACGGAACGCCAGGGAACGAAAACGCGUAAAACUAGUAAAUGAUGGUUUCAUGCGGCUGAGAAAGCACGUACCCACGGACCCUAAAAACAAGAAAUUGUCCAAAGUUAAAACUCUGCGUAGCGCAAUCGACUACAUACGGCACCUGCAACACGUUCUGGCAAUGGCCAAUAAACAUCAAAUCGAAACAGAACAGGAGGCAGCUGGUACGGCUCAAAACCAGAGUUGGAUGACCGCGGCUGACUUUGUAAGUACGCUUUAACUGAGACCAGUCAGUGAUCAGUCCGGCGAACGUCCCUCCGCUCCUGCGCUUCAACUCCACUUAAUCUGACAUCGCGUCGCUCGCUCGCGUUCAUCUAAAACUAACAAUCGCGUCGCCGACGAUCUGUUUUGUUUUAUUUUUUUUAAAAAGAUACAACAGGCGCUUUCGCGCAUUUCUUUUUAACUAUGGCCUGCUUUUUACAACAAUCUAUAUUUUGAUGAUUGUAUGGGCUUCGCUUGACAUGACCAAACGAAGCCGUUGUCAAGCACGAUUUACCUCAAUUCAGAAUCGUUAGAAUAAUUUGGCAUCGCCCUGAAUCACCAAGCACUUGAUUCCCCUUCAGUUCAAUUCACUUGUGAACCUCGAAGUCUGUUUGAUACUUUUAGAACGAAAAGCCUUUGCAUUGAUAGUUCAAAUUUUCCGAGGAGAUCCGGAGGGUCUUCAAUUUUUUUUAUUAUUAUUUCUUUCAGUCUUUGACAAGCGACAUCUUUAUAGUCAGGAAGUUCAAGCAGAGCUAUAUUUUUCUUCGAGCAGCAGAUGGACAAAUCAUUGUUACGGCACUGCUCGAAAUAUUCAAUAUUUUCUCGCAAAACACAUAGAAUUAUGCAACCUUAAAACUAAGAAACAAGUUAUUGUGCGAUUGGAAGAGUCUUUUUUCUAGGGUAACGCCCAUAAAAUACAUGGAAAUUUACUUUUCGAUAAAAUUAAGUCAGGUCAUUUUGAGUGAAUGCAAAGCGAGGUCUUUUGAAUAAUAAUUUAUUUCGUAAAAGCUCUAACCCCAUCUUGUUUUCAUUUGUCUUUUAGAAAGCCGAGGAGGAAUACAAAACUGAAUUUGGCAAAACAGUUUUCGCAUGUGGACAACCAAGAGUGCCAACAAGCUUUUGA